GGUGAGUCUGAUAUCAGUUCAUUGAGUGAGGAACAACUUGGAGAACAAAAUAUCUGUAAAUAAAGCGCAACGACACAUACUUUACAAGUACUAGUAAAAUGAACAAGGCAGUAUUGUUCUUAAUCGUUGGGGUGGUAGUAACGGUGCAGAGUUUCCCACAGAGUGGAAAUCCCAAUCAAUCCAGCGAGUCCGAUGAAAGUAACGAAGACGUCGCUGAUGUUGGAAUUACUACAACUGGUGCCAUUGAAGGAAGAAACAAACGAUCUGCUGAUCCUGGACCAGACCCACAGAGAGGACAUCACGGAGGUGGUCACUACGGUGGCGGUGGCGGUCAUUACGGCGGUGGACAUUACGGAGGGGGGCACGGUCACUACGGAGGAGGACACGGUCAUUACGGAGGCGGUCACUACGGAGGGGGGCAUGGUCACUACGGCGGUGGACACGGUCAUUAUGGAGGUGGACAUGGUCACAGAGGAAAGCGGUCAGCUGAUCCACAACUAUACUUUGGAGCUGGAAUAGGAGGAGCGCCCUACUAUGGUGGUGGAGGUGGCUUCUACGGAAAUGGGGGUGGGUAUAACGGAUACUACGGAAAUGGGGGUUACAAUGGACACCGACACCAUCAUCGUCAUCAUGGACACUACUACGGAUAAAACGCCAUUUAAAGUUCAAAGAAUUUAUUUAUUUACGUUACCCGGAUUUGUGAUACACCCUUAACUAUGAUGCUUAAAAGAUAUUACAAAUACAGUAAUUUUAAUUCUGUA